AUGGCGGACGAAGAUGACUAUAGCUCCAUCCCUUUGCAGGACCGCUUCCCCCACAAGGUCUGGAAGGUGAGAAAAGGAGCAUACGAAGAAGCCGCCAAGCUAUUCGAGAAGUCCCCCGACGAAUCCGAUCCGUGUUUCCGACCGUUUCUCAACGACCCUGGCUUGUGGAAUAAGGCCGUCCUCGAUUCCAACGUCGCCGCCCAACAAGAAGCCAUCAUCGCCUUGUGCGCAUUCCUCAAGUUUGGUGGACGAGACUGCUGUUUGAGGUCGCGAAACCAAACCAUCACUCCUAUUGUCGAGAAGUGUCUCUCGUCAACCCGAGCCGCUACCAAGCAGAAUGCUAUCGAAGCUCUGCUCCUCUAUAUCGAACUCGAUGUCGCUGGGCCUGUCAUCGAGGACAUGCUACCAGGCUUGUCAAACAAGGUCCCCAAGAACGUCGCUGCGACCCUACACGCCCUCACACAAAUCUUCCACAACUAUGGAUGCAAGAUCGUUGAUCCUAAGCCUGUCCUCAAGGCCCUCCCCAAAGCCUUCGGUGCUGCUGACAAGAAUGUCCGUGCUGAAGCCACGAACCUCACAGUAGAGCUCUACAGAUGGCUGCGAGAGGCUAUGAAGCCCAUGUUCUGGGGUGACCUGAAGCCCACCCAACAAACAGAUCUGGAGGCGCAGUUCGAGAAGAUCAAGGCUGAGGGCCCCCCUAAGCAAGAGCGUCUGCUCCGAUCGCAACAAGAAGCCAUCGAUGCUGCGCCCGAAGGUGGUGAAGAAGGUGUGGAAGGCGAGGAGGAGGGUGAGGAUGUCGGUGAGAUGGAUGCCUUCGACCUGGCAGAGCCUCAAGAUAUUACCAAGAAGAUCCCGCCCAACUUCAGCGACCUGCUCGCCUCAUCGAAAUGGAAGGAUCGAAAGGAAGCCGUCGACGGCCUUCACCAGGCCCUCAAUGUUCCUCGAAUCAAGGAAACGGACUUCAACGAGAUAACCCGAGGACUGGCUAAGUGCAUGAAGGACGCCAACGUUGCGGUUGUUACUCAAGCUGCAUUCUGUAUCGAAGCUUUGGCCAAGGGAUUGCGCAAGGGGUUCGGCAAGUACCGCACCACCGUUAUGCAGCCCAUCAUGGACCGCCUGAAGGAGAAGAAGGCCACAGUUGCCGACGCUCUGGGUGCCGCACUUGAUAGUGUCUUUGCUUCUACUGAUUUGACUGAGUGUCUCGAGGAUAUCACCGCCUAUCUGAGCAACAAGAACCCUCAAGUCAAGGAGGGCACCAUGAAGUUCUUGAUUCGAUGCUUGCGAACAACUCGUGACGUGCCCAGCAAGCCGGAACAAGCCACGAUCUGCGAGUCCGGUAAGAAGCUGCUGUCCGAGUCGAGUCCUGCGCUUCGAGAUGGUGGUGCUGAGAUUCUUGGUACCGUCAUGAAGAUUAUUGGCGAACGAGCUAUGACACCGCAACUUGAAGGCCUGGACGACAUCCGCAGGAACAAGGUCAAGGAGUUCUUUGAGGCUGCUGAGGUUAAGGCCAAGGAGAAGCCGAAGCCUAAGCCUGCUGCACCUAAGGCGGCUCCGCCUAAGAAGGUCAUGGGUGGUGGUAAGAGGCCGAUGGCCAAGAAGGCUCCUGCUGCUGCUGUGAUGCCUCCUGAGGACCCUCCCCUCGCCCCUCAGCCUACGUCUCGACCAGGUGGACCAGCUAGACUUGGGAAGCCCGGUCUGGGUGGACUCAAAGGCCCUCAGAAGAGAACUCUGGCUGGACCUGGCUCCCCUCGCCGAGCCCCUGCAGCCCCUGUCAUGCCCGCCGAGGAUGAGCCAGCGCCGGCACCUCAACCUCGUGUUGGCCUCUCCCGUGGACUCGCUGGCCGCUCUCUUGCGAAGCCUGCUGCAGCGCCACGCCCAGUUACACCAGCGUCACCCCCGCCUCUUACUGGCAUGUCCGCCGUGGACCGCGCCGAGCUUGAAGAGUUGCGAACAGCCAACGAGCGACUUCUCCGCCAGGUUGACGAGAUGCGCCAAGAGAGAAGCAAGUUCAUGUCCGAGAUUCAAGAGCUCAAGAACCAGAACGCUGGUCUCAUCGAGGACCACACACGAGAUGUGCUAAGCAUCAAGGCCAAGGAGACACAACUCGUGCGAGCGAGGAGUGAUGCGGAGGCUACUGAGCAGGUCAACGAUCGACUGAGGCGUGAACUUGAACGACUCAAGAGGGCUUUGAGCCGCGCCGAGGCCGAAGGAAUGCACAGCCCCGGCCUUGCUUCGCCCACACACGACGAUGUCUACCGAGACAAUGGACCUGGGUCUGCUAGCCGCCAUAGAAUGAGCAUGACCAGCACCAUGUCCGAAGAGAAGGAGAACGGCGAGCCCAUGGUUCCUCGUAACAAGCUGAGUCCCGAGAUGCGAUAUGCUGGCAGCUCGGCAUCAUCAGGUCGUGGCUCUCCGGCCAGAGGAUUCAGAAAUGUUGCAUCCUAUCGCGAUGACGACCACUCCUCUGGCAUGGCCCAACGGCCAAUGUCUUCACUGCCCCAGCCAACUGGUGGUAAUGGUGUUGAGAGUUGGAGAAGGGCAGCCGAGGUGACGAGCCAAUUGAAGGCCCGAAUUGAACAGAUGAAGGCCAAGCAAGGGCUCGCUCGACCUUGA